AUGAAGUUCAUCGCCGUCGCCGUCCCGCUCUUCCUGUCCGCUUUUGCAACCGCUGCCCCCGAGGCUGCCCAAGAGAAACGUCAACGUGCGCAUCCCCUUUACCUCUUUACCUCGCCAAUCGACUACUCAGCUGAUCAUCUUGCUCUGAACGCAGUUGACGGCCUUGGCGGUGACCUGACCGCAGGCAUCGGUGGCUUGACGAGUGCCGUCGGCGCCGGGGCUGCUAGCCUCAGUGCUAAUGGCGAGGGCCUCGGCUUCACCAUCCUCGGCACCGGGCCCAACUCCGUCCUCACGGCCGCGGUCGCCCUGGGCACAUCGACCUUUACGCUCGUCACCACGCAAGGCGGCCAGGGCUACACGCUCGGCGCGGGCGGCGCCGACUCCGCCGUCGCGUCUGUCACUGGCGCGGCCGACUCUAUAGUCGCGUCCGCCACGGCCGCGGCGAUCCCGUCGGGGUUCACGUCCAGCGUCCAGAGCGUCGUCUCGAGCGUCUCCACGGAGAGCGUCGCGAGCGUCCGGUCCACGAGCGCGGGGGGCGCCGCGCCUACGUCUGGCAGUGACUCCAACUCGAACUCGAACUCAAGCUCGAGUGCGGCGGCCUCGGUGCACCCGUCCAAGCUGAUGCUUUAUGCUGCUGGCGUAAUGGGCUCCAUGGUCUUCGGUGCGAUGUCGCUUUGA